GAGAGGAGGGGGGAGGGGGGUUACUGGAGGACACUCCCACUGAAGGCGUCUCUUCUCCGGACUGAAUCCUGAGGAAACACCGUCAACCAGCCGAGCGUCUCCACGUUUUCUCCCCGUGAGAGGAGCUCAUUUCUCCCGUUAACCAGGAAGCUCCAGCCCGGUACUCCGGUGCUCCGGUACCGAGGAAUACUACCGACCGUCCCCGGCUUUCAGUCCUCGUCCUCGGAUCCAGCAGCGAGCUGCAGACCGACUCUCCGAGUGAUCCCAGUCUGGACGUCAACAUGUCUCCCCCCCGCUGUCUCCGGCUGCUGCUGUCCUGCAUCCUGCUGGUUCUGCUGGUCCAGUUCCCUCCGACCUGGUCCAGACCGGCCACAGAGGACACCGACACCGGCGACGCAGUGAAAUCCUCUGAAGACGAAGAAGAUGAUGAGUCAUCGUCAGAGGAAAAUAAACUGUCCAAUGAGCUGUCGACGAGCAACGAGCAGCUCCAGACCUCGGCGCCGCCGCAGUGGGUGAUGCCAGACAAGAUGGAGAAGCAGCUCCACGCCGUUCCCGCCAGCCGGACCGUGAAGUUUCGAUGCCUAGCGACGGGAAACCCCGUUCCCUCGCUGCGCUGGUACAAGAACGGGAAAGUGUUCAGGAAGGACCAGCGGAUCGGAGGCUUCAAGAUCAGAGACCACAUGUGGACUCUCAUCAUGGAGUCGGUGGUUCCGUCUGAUAAAGGGAACUACACCUGCGUGGUGGAGAACGAACACGGGAGCCUCAAACACACCUACCUGCUGGACGUAGUCGAGCGUUCUCCUCACAGACCCAUCCUGCAGGCCGGUCUCCCGGCCAACCAGACGGCGGUCGUCGGUCGCGACGUGGAGUUCGUGUGUCGGGUGUUCAGCGACCCGCAGCCUCACAUCCAGUGGCUCAAACACAUCACCGUCAACGGCAGCAGAGAGGCGCCGGACGGACACCCGUACGUCCUCGUCCUCAAGACUGCAGGUUUGAACACCACCGAUAAAGAGAUGGAGGUGUUGACUCUGAGGAACGUGACUCUGACGGAUUCAGGAGAGUACACCUGCCUGGCGGGAAACUCCAUCGGCGUCUCUCAUCACUCGGCGUGGCUCUCCGUGGUCGACGAUCUCCCCCCCGCCCCGCUGCCCUCUCAGACAUACCUGGAGAUCUUCAUCUAUUGCCUCGGCUUCUUCAUCAUCAUCGUCCUCACCGCCACAGCCGUCGUCUGCAGACUCUGCUGUGCCCCGAAGAAGAGCGACUUCGGAAGCCCGUUAGUUGUCCAGAAACUAGCCAAGAGCGUCCAUCUGAGGAGACAGGUGUCCGUCGAGUCCUCGUCCUCCCUCCAGUCCGGGAUGUGUCUGAUGCGUCCGUCUCGCCUCUCCAGCGCCGCGGGCAGCGUCCUGACGGGAGUGUCGGAGUACGAACUUCCCUACGAUCCCCUCUGGGAGCUUCCUCGUGACCGGCUGACGCUGGGGAAGGCUCUUGGCGAGGGAUGUUUCGGUCAGGUGGUUCUGGCCGAGGCCGUCGGGGUCGACAGGAAUAAACCGACGCGCCUCACGAAGGUGGCGGUGAAGAUGCUGAAAUCGGACGCCACGGAGAAGGACCUGUCUGACCUCAUCUCUGAGAUGGAGAUGAUGAAGAUGAUCGGCAAACACAAGAACAUCAUCAACCUCCUGGGAGCGUGCACUCAGGACGGCCCUCUGUAUGUAGUAGUGGAGUACGCCUCCCAGGGGAACCUGAGGGAGUACCUCCGCACUCGGCGGCCCGUCGGGUUGGAGUACUGGAGCGGGUCGAGGCAGACGACUCUGGGCUAUCUGGAGGUCAGGGAGCUGGUGUCGGCGGCGUACCAGGUGGCCAGAGGGAUGGCCUACCUCGCCUCCAAGAAGUGUAUCCACAGAGACCUGGCAGCCAGGAACGUGUUGGUCACCGAAGACAACGUGAUGAAGAUCGCUGACUUUGGCCUGGCCCGAGACGUCCACCACAUCGACUACUACAAGAAGACCACCAACGGUCGUCUGCCGGUGAAGUGGAUGGCACCAGAAGCUUUAUUCGACCGCAUCUACACCCACCAGAGUGACGUGUGGUCGUUCGGCGUCCUGCUGUGGGAGAUCUUCACCCUGGGGGGAUCUCCGUACCCCGGCGUCCCCGUGGAGGAGCUCUUCAAGCUGCUGAAGGAGGGACACCGCAUGGAGAAACCCUCCGCCUGUCCUCAGGAGCUGUACCUGAUGAUGAGAGACUGCUGGAACGCCGUCCCGUCUCGCCGACCGACGUUCCUACAGCUGGUCGAGGACUUAGACCGCGCCCUCUCUCUCAUGGCCAACCAGGAGUACCUGGACCUGGCCGCUCCUCUGGUCCAGUAUUCGACGGUCUCGCCUCCUUCCUGUAACUCCACAUAGGCCUCCUGGGAUCUCUUCCCCUUCCUGGAUCACCUUCACCCCGUUUCCUCUGCUGCUGCGCGGCGGCGGCGGUCCCAGAUGAGGCUCCGGAGCUCAGACGAAGCCGCCUCGCUGCCGUCUAUCAGCAGCAGCCUGAUGUGAAGAACAGCUGGACUGAGCUGGACUCAGGACUCAGGAAGCAGCAGCUCAUCCAGAGAGGACACAAAGACUGAGUUCAGCCACCGAGAGCUGCUCCUGAGCUGCAUCACCGCUUCACUAUGUUCAUAUUAAUAAUAAUGAUAAUAAUAAUAAUAAUAAUAAUGUCCUCAGUGUGAAUAUUGUAAAUAAUAGUUUGUGUUAUAUGGAUGUUAAACUGGAUUUAUAAGAGACACAUGAAAUGAAAGGGAAAGUAAGUAAAGGGAGAACCAGAUGUAAAUAAAUGUAUAAAUGUG